AUGUUGAACAACACCUGGGCACAAAGCAUCUCCCAAGUCUUGGGCUGGGCCUAUUUCGUCCUGUGGUCCCUGUCCUUCUACCCGCAAGUCCUGCAUAACCACCGUCGCCGCUCGACGGAGGGCUUCUCCGUCGACUUUGCCCUGCUCAACCUCCUUGGAUUAACCGCAUACACCAUUUUCAACGCCUGUCUCCUCUUUUCGCCGGUCGUGCGCGCCCAGUAUGCUCAGCGACAUCCCCAGGGCCCCGAACCAACCGUCCGAUGGAACGAUUUCAUAUACGCUCUCCACGGAUCCCUGAUCUGCUGCUGGAUCAGCAGCCACUUCCUCUGCACACAGUUCUGGAACUUCAAGUCCAAGUCACAGCGUGUAAGUGUCUCGACUCUCGUAACUAUCUGGGGCUGCGUGGGGGUAGUCACCCUAGCCAUUCUGUGGGCCCUAGUUUCAGCGUCUUGGGAAUGGAUUGACGUGGUCUACAUGGUUGGCAUGAUCAAGGUGUUCCUAACGGCCGUCAAAUACACACCCCAGGUGGUGAUGAAUUACUGGCGACAGUCGACGGCCGGGUUUUCCAUCGGAGCGAUCCUGCUGGAUCUGGCGGGCGCGGCGUUGUCGCUGAUGCAGCUGGUGCUGGACUCCUCGUUGCAGGCGGACUGGUCAGGCACUGUCGGUAAUGGAGCCAAACUCCUGCUGGGUAAUAUAACUGUUCUAUUCGAUAUCAUCUUUAUCUUUCAGCACUUUGUGCUGUAUCGCGAGCGGCCGCUGAGGGGGAAGCAAGGGUUAUCGGAGCACGAUCCUCUCUUGGAUAGUGGGAACGACUCAGUCAUUAUUUCAACAUAG